AUGCUUCGCGCUCUCAAUAAUCUUGUUGCCUUCGCUGGAUUGAGCAUGAAUUUGAGCAAUUUCAGCACUACGUGCGGGCAAUUACCAUUAGUGGUGCAAGGGUCGGUCGAUGUAGGGCUUUGUCACUUGAAUCCACACUCAGAAACCGCAUCAUUUGCUCAGCUUUACAUAUGUGACGAUUACAAUCGUAGACGAUCGAUAAAGGAAACCAUGCUUCAGUGGAAGACCAAAAUCGAGUACAGAGUGAUUGAGAAAGUAAUCGCUACUCUGCGAGAGAUCAAUGUGAUAGCGCAAUCCUACCACUCCAUGUAUGAAGUCUACUUAGCUGAGGCUGCUGCAGCAAAGCUUAACGAUGACGACGUGCCACCUACAAUUCUAAUGAAUUUGAAACACAGCCGUGAAGCGCCGCAAAGUUCACUAUCUUCGACUCAUGAGGGACGAUUGAACAUACCGCAGAUUGAGAAUCAGGUUGCCGCUAUUUACAUCUGCCGAAAUGGUGUAUUACCUUCUGAAGAUGAGCUCAACAAAGGUUUGCGAAUUUUUAGCAGAGGAGGAAAAUCCACCGCCGCUCAUUUCAAUAACAACAUCGAUGCGAUGUCAUAUCCCUUGUAUUUCCCGAGAGGUGAACAGAGUUAUGUUCGUGAAAGCUUGCGCAAGCGCACAGGAAAACGCCCCGCCUCGGAUAUAUCUAAUGAAGCUAAUGUCAGAGGUCUUGCUGCAUCAUCGUUUCCCUCCGAUGACGACAGCGAAGAUGAGCUGAUGGACCGUCCUCCUGCUAAGUUCUUAUCCCGCGGUGAUUUCUACAGAUUUCUGCUUUCACGUCGUGGGAAUCUACUGGAGCAUCGUUUCUACGGCACUGGUAAACUGUUGUCGCAGUAUGUCAUCCAUGCUUUCAGCAGAAUCGAAGCAGAUCAGCUCAAUGCCAUUGCCCGCAACACUGUGGAGCUCAGAAGUUGCAAAGCGACAGCACUCUACUCUUACCUCGAUCAACAGUUGCAAGAAAAGGGAUUCAAGCUUGGAAAACUUGUAAAUUUACCUCAAAAUUUUAUCGGUAGCACGCAGUGGUACGACAAUCUAUACCAUAACGCUAUGGCCGUUGCUCAACGCGUGGGCAAGCCGGACCUCUUUAUCACCUUUACUGGCAAUCAGGACUGGCCGGAGAUCCGCGAAAAUCUUGUAACUAAGUUCGAUUCAUGGAUUACUGAUCCUCUACUUUGUGUACGAGUGUUCAGACUACGCUUGCAGAGUCUCAUCAAAGAGAUCAUUGAUAAGAAGAUGUUCGGAGAAGUCGUUGCUUUACAGUAUAGCGUGGAAUUCCAGAAACGUGGAAUGCCGCACGCACAUAUACUAGUCACCCUGAAAGAAAAGCUCAACACUCCUGACAAGAUUGAUGCAUGGAUAUCUGCAGAACUUCCUCAAUACCCAUCCCGUGAUGACUCUGAUGCUGCAGAGAAGCUGCAGCUUUUUCAGUUGGUCACUCGGUUCAUGGUGCACCGCCCGUGCAAGACACGCCCAGAUUUUGCAUGCCGUGUGAAGGAUCCAGCGUUUUGCGAUAAGCACUUUCCAAAACCAUUUCGGGAGUACACUGAGCUUACCGAUGACGGGUAUCCCUUGUAUCGGAGAAGAGAUAAUGGAAGAACGGCACCCGUCGGAAGAACGAAGAUGAAUUAUGUAUCGAAUGCAGAUGUUAUUCCCUAUAACGCGUACCUUUUGCGUAAAUAUAUGUGUCAUGUCAACGUGGAGUGCUGCUGUUCGAUUACGGCUUUCAAGUACAUCUAUAAGUACAUCUACAAAGGACCUGAUCGUAUACUAUUUGAACUUCUUCGAAAUGAAGCACUUUUGCAACAGAGGGCGCGCCCUGGUACGAAUGGCGAUAGAUGCGUGGACAUAGAUAUGCGCGACUAUGCUAUGCAUACCGUGAUCUCUCUUAGCGCACAUCUUCCUGGUCAACAACCGGUGUAUUUGAAAGGCGCGCUUACGCGGGAAGUGAGACCAACUAGCAAACUCUUGGCUUAUUUUUCCGUGGUCAACACGAACGAACAAGCAAGACGGAUGACAUGGAUCGAAGUGGCAGAACAGUUUCGUUGGACUGGUAAAGAAUACGUUGAACUACAAAGGAGCGGCCGUCGUAUUGCUCGACUGUGGCCUGUCAGGCCAAAAAUGAGGGAGUUAUAUGCCUUGAGGAAACUUCUAUUUCACGUUCGUGGAGCUUCAUCUUAUGAAUACCUUCGUACAGUCAACGGCAUCACUUACGAUACUUUCAUGGAAGCAGCAGAGGCGGCCGGAUAUAUCGAGAGCGAGACGGAAUGGGAGGAAUGUUUGAAGAGCGCUGCAGUGUUAGAACUGCCACACGCUAUACGUGGACUUUAUGCACAAAUUCUUCUUUAUUGCCAUCCCACAAAUCCCCUACGUUUAUGGCACAAUUACAAGAUUGCGAUGAGAACUCGGCAACGUAACACACACGUUGACAAGCCCGACGACGUGCUCGAUAUGCUAUCACUGAACCACAUCGAAUCAAUUUUGACGAGCAAUGGUUCCUCUUUGGAAGACUGUGGGCUGAAGGAUGUGAGAGACGCUUUAUUACGCGAUUGCGGUAGCUACUUGGCAUCUGGAAGAGUUAGCCCGGAUGUUGACAUGCCUGCAGAGAACACUGCGCAUCCCUUGACAGGUGAACAAGAGCGCAUUGUAAACGCCAUCGUAACAGCUGCUGCACUUCCCAAAGGAGUCGGUAACAAGCUUUACUACAUUGAUGGAAAAGCCGGAUGUGGUAAGACUCACACACUCAAUGCGUUGAUUGUCCACCUGAAAGCAGUGGGCAAACAAGUAUUAGCAACGGCAUCUACAGGAAUAGCGGCGACGCUGCUAAAAGGUGGAAGAACAGCGCAUAGUCUUUUCUGCCUCCCCAUCAAACAGCUUCACAGUUCUUCAAUUGCAAAUGUUGAACCAUCAUCGCCUACCGGUCAGAUGCUGCACUCUGUGGACGUUAUAGUCUGGGAUGAAAUCUCCAUGCAAUCUCGCUUCGCUCUGGAGUGCGUAGAUAGGCUUUUGCGUGAUGUUGCUGUACCAUCGCUCACGCAUGUUCCCUUUGGUGGUGUGACUAUGGUGUUGGGAGGGGACUGGUGCCAGUUUCUGCCCGUUAUACAUGGCGGUACACGCCAAGAAACUAUCGAUGCUGCAUGCAGAAGUAGUCCUCUGUGGGAGAAAUUCAUCACCUUCACUCUUCACCAAAACCUACGUCUAUGUAAUAAUGAGAUGGGAUACGCACGUUGGCUUCUCUCUGUAGGCAUUGGUGGGAAUUCACAGGAAGAUGGGGACCUUUUGAUUCCGCGUUGUAUGUGUGAUCGCAUCACUACGAAGUUCGAAUACAAUCCACAUUCAGACCAAUUUAUCUGUCAUAAGACGAAAAGGGCUGUAGAAAAGGAUAUGAUAGACAGCACGAACACUACAAAGCAGAAUCUGCAGAAUGCAGCUGUCAAUUGCGCUGUUUUGCCCCAAAUUGCCAUUGUACUCACUCAUGGGGUCUAUUGCGUUUCGUACGCAUAUUUUCAUGCUAAUUGA